AUGAACCGAUGGUUCCUGCAGCACUGGUGCGACGUCAACGCGCGCUUGGACAACGCACGUGUCUCCAAGAUCCACCCCAUGGCGCCGUUGAUGAUUCGCGGCGCUGCGCCGGUGGCAUGCAGGAAGGAGCACAGGAGGUUUGUGGCCGAGCACCGGGACAACUGGGAUUUGAUGGCUGCCGCCGGCUCCAUCGAGGCCAUCGACGACCCAGUCAAGCUCAACUCUGGGGAAACCAUGAGCUGCCAAAGCCUGGAGAUCUUCUCCAAUCCCCUUCAGAGCUUGGAGGGCCAGGCAGUCCUCCCUUCCGUGGCGAAGAGCGAGCUCCCGGUGCUCCUCAUUUCAGGGUGGAUGUGCGUGACCAGCGCCUCUGCAUGCGCUGCCUUCUCGGCGUUGGCAGGUAAAAGCUGGCGUCUGCUUAUCGGGCCAUGGAACCAUGGAGGCGUACAGCAGAUCAGAUACUGCCGAGAGACCAAGUUUCUGAAGUUUCCCAAGGCGGAGGCAGUGAAUGAGUUCCUGCUGCACCACCUCUCCACGCAGAAGAACGUGGCGCCACCUGCGUGGCUGGCCUCAGAGCAGCCCGAGGCACACUUCUACGUGUGCGGCGCCAAGCCCGCCUGGCAACACAGCACCUCCUGGCCCCCGCAGAACGUGGCCAAGAAGCCGCUGUGGCUCUCCAAGUCGCGCGAGCUCUCGUGGACGAAGCCUGUCCACGACGAGAGCGACGGCGGAGCCUCACAGCUCCCCGUGGCCACUGGCCAGGCGCACCUCGUGUGGGGCGGUGUGUCUCGGUAUAACGCCAUGAUCAAGAUGAUGGAUCUGGUGAAGUACCAGUGGAAGCAGUCGGCAGUUGAUUCCGGCAAGGCGCUGUUGUUCGAGACCCCGGCCCUGGCUGCUCCCGUGGCCAUGCUGGGCUCGCCGGUGCUGUCGCUGCGCCUCCGGGGCGCUGGCGACGAGGAUGCCGACGUCUUCGCCUACCUCUGCGAGCGCCCCCCUGAUGGCGGCGAUCUCGUCUACGUGACAGAAGGCAUUCUCAGACUUUCCAAGCGAAAGGAGGAGGACGCACCCGACCACGAGAAGGCCGCCGAUCCGGACCGAUCGCGCUGCGGAAACAGCGCGAAGGCCGCCGAGAUCGAUGCGGGCUUUGUGCCUCAUCACAGCUACAGGCGCGAGGACAUUGAGAUGCUUCCCGCUGCAGGCGGCCUGACCACCGCGCGCCUGAAGAUGUUUGCCGCCGCUUAUCGAUUCCGCGCUGGCUCGAGAAUGGCCCUGGUCAUUGCCCCCGAUGAUGCGGCCCACUACGCCGCCAACAAAAAGGCUGGCAGACAGCCACCUGUCAUUUGCCAUUCCGCUGCCGAGUCGUCGCUGCUUUGGCUGCCGCUGGAAG